CUUUUCUGCUCCGUGGGAGGUGAGCUCUUGCCCCGAGAAGGACGGCGGCGCAGCCGAGGGAGGAAUCCAAGCUCUGCCCCAGGUUACCAAAUCAUCUAUUGUCUUUUCCACACUCGUGCCUGCUCUCCCUGACCAGAAUCAUCAUGCCUCGCGGCCAGAAGAGUAAGCUUCGUGCCCGUGAAAAACGCCGCCAGGCUCGAGAAGAGACAGGGCAUGUGGUGGCUGCUCAAGCCACUGUACCAGAGGAAGAAGAGUCCCCCUCUUCUCCUUCUCCUCAUUUCAAAGAUGCUCCCCAGAGCUCAUCUGCCACUGGAACACCCAGCAAUCCUCAAGUUACUGGGAGAGUCCGCUCCACCAGCACUACUACUGCAGCUGCUUCAAACACAAGAUUUAAUGAAGGUGCCAACAAUCAAAUGGAGAAGCCAAAUGCCUCACAGGCCAGGGAUACCACUGAGCACUGGCACAGAAGUCCUGUAGACAAGAAGGUUGCUAUGUUGGUAUACUACCUGCUCUACAAGUAUCAAAUGAAAGAGCCCGUUACCAAGGCAGAUAUGCUGAAAAAUGUAAUCCAGAUUAACAAGAAUCACUUCCACGAGAUCCUCCAGAAAGCUUCUGAGCACUUGGAGCUGGUUUUUGGCCUUGAUGUGAAGGAAGUGGAUCCCAACAGGAACACCUAUGUUCUUGUCAACAAAUUGGAAUCCACCUAUGAUGGGAGAGUAAAUGAUAAUGGAGGUGUGCCCAAGACUGGCCUGUUGAUGACCGUCCUGGGCGUGAUCCUCACAAAGGGCAACUGUGCCACUGAAGAGCAAGUCUGGGAAGUGCUGAAUAUGAUGGGGUUAUAUGAUGGAAUGAAGAAUUUCAUCUAUGGGGAGCCCAGGAAGCUCAUCACCCAAGAUUGGGUGAAAGAAGAAUACCUGGAGUACCGGCAGAUAGCCAACAGUGAUCCUCCACGCUAUGAGUUCCUGUGGGGUCCCAGAGCCCAUGCUGAGACCAGCAAGAUGAAAGUCCUAGAGUUUGUGGCCAAGAUUCAUGAUACCGUCCCCACUGCCUUCCCAUCCUGGUAUGAAGAGGCUCUGAGAGAUGAGGAAGAGCGAGCCCGAGCCAAGGUUGUAGCCAAGGCUUGUACUGCUGCUAUGGCCAGUGCACGCUCCAGGGCCAUGGCCAGCAGCUUCUCCUGCCGCAAGUGAAGUUUGAGGAAGGUUAUUACUAUGUGUUUGAAGAGAACAGCUAAUGUUCUCAUUAGUGAAAGGUCAGGGUGGGGCUGGAGACAAGAGAGUACAUAACACGUUUGUGUUCCUAUUUUAGGUAGUAACCUGGAUAUUUGUCUAAAUGUUGUUUUUUUUGUUUUGUUUUCUUUUUUGAGAGAGAGA